AUGACUAUCGAGGAGGCUCAAAGCAUUAUGAAUCAGUUGCAGGAGCUCGAGUUCCCCCGGUCCAUGGCAAAGGCUCGCCAGAUUUCCCUCCUGAAGGCUGGUGCUAUCCCAACUAUGUCUAAGCUCUUCUUAGCGACAGGCCAGAACAGCAGGCGUAACGCUGGGAGACGAGCGGUCGACACAGAAAUACUUCUUAGGGAGGCACAGUCAAAGUCUAGGGAUUCAGAUCGAUAUGCUACCGCAGUUGCAAGAAUGAAUUAUCUACACGACCGUUACCGCCGAGCAAACAAAAUCACAGACAACGACUUACUUCAUACACUUGGCGACAGUCUUAUUUCCAUCUUUGAGGUCGUCGACAAGGACGAAUGGCGCAAGUUGACAGACGCCGAGAAGUGUGCCGCUGGAGUUUUUCACAAAAUCUUGGGUGACGACAUGAAAAUUCCAUACGAUGUGCUGCCCUCGCAUAACGAAGGUUGGAGGGACGGCUUGCAUUUUGCCAACGAAUUGACCGAAUGGGUCGUUCAGUACGAAAAUGAAGUAGCCCGGCCCUCGGAAGCCACUAACCACUACGUGAGCGUCUACGUCGAUGCAGCCGUGUCUGCUCUGCCCGACUUCGUACGAAUCACUUUGCGAAAGACACUGGCUGCUGACCUGAACGAUAUCAUGGUGCAAAGUCUCAAUCUCGAGUCUCCUGGCACCAUUCUCUCAGCAGCGCUUCUCGCUUACCGCAAUACACCUUUCUCUCCCUCGUCCAACAUCCUCGGCGUCAGGCUGGUUGACGACGCUGUCAACCCUCAGAGCAAGCUCUACAAUUUUCAACGAAAGGUUCUGCAGCCGUGGUACAUGAAACCUACCUUUUGGUCCACGUGGGGACCUGCCGCAUUGCUCUUGCGGUCACUGGGCGCCAAAGCACCUGGCUCGCAGGGAGACCGAUACUAUCCUCAAGGAUAUGAUCUGAUGACGAUCGGACCAGAACCGCAGAAGGGAAAGGGGAUCGACGAAAUGACUUCAGACAUCGAGACUAUCAAAGGCAGAGGAGUUGCGACUUGCCCAUUCUCACAUGCAAAGGCAGGAUACAUCUAG